AUGGCCUACGACAAGUACCAACAAAAGCAAGCCGCUCGAGCCCCUGAAGCCUCCCACUCCUCCAACAACACCACCGCUCUAUUCACAGAGAAGAACGCCAACGCCGAGGUUCUUUCCAAAGCCGGAAUCCCACCACCGAGCUACGACGAUGUGGUUGUCAACCGCGCGGAGCUGCCUGAGUACUCUCACAACUACGCAGUGGGUGAUGAGAAGAAGGGCGCGCUUGAGCUGGAGGACUCGAGCGAUGAGGAGGUCGUUGAUGGACGCCAGCGCUACGUCGAUCAGCCAAGAAGCAGCAGCAGCAGCAGCAACGCAGCUCCCGGGAUGAGCAAGUGCCAGACGAGGUGCGCGGAGAAGAGGGCUGCGCGGAUGCAGAGGAAGGCUGAGAAGGCGGCGGAGAAGGCUGAGCAAGCAAGGGCUAGACUGGGUGGUCAGCGCAUUUUGGAAUGGUUUCAGAAUUAG